AUGCAGCACCUCACAAAUCCGCUUCUUCCACUCCUCAGGCACAUAAUUCGCAGGGGCAGCUUUGAUGAUACUGCUUCCAAGAGGCAGUGCCUGCAGUAUUUAAGAGCUCUGAGGACGCUGCAGCUUAACGGCUUCAACACCAUUUUUUUAGGGGAAACAGAUAUUCCAGAAAGUCUUAUAACAGGAGAGAAAAUAGACAAGGAGGCUGACCUGCACUGGCCGGUAUGGACCAUUGUUCACGCUGGCAGCAGCCAGGGGUGGGUGCCCUGGAGGUACAAGCUGCUAUUAAGAGGUGAUCUGCCCACCCAUCAGCAGAAUGGUAUCUUUCAGGAGUUGUGCAGCUCUCUGACCACAUCCUAUGGGAAGUGCGUCAUUGUGACGAGGGACAAAAGGCAGCCAAUGCGUGUUGGAGAAAAAGAUGGCAAGGAGACGGAAACAGGAAAUCUGCCACCAGUCCCACCAGUGAUCUACAUGUCCAGCAUUGAGUGUUGCCCUGAAGUCGCUAGAGCCAAUGGCCAUGAGCUUCUUGCUGUGCCUUCAUCUUACAACUACCUCUACCCUAUGGAUGUUGCCUGGUCUUCUUUGAAAUGGUUUAUUAUAAACAACAGGAAGGACUUUUCCCUGAAGUCUAUUGAAAGGACCCACUCCUACAGGUAUAUCCUCUUCUAUGACUUGAUUGAUAAAGGAAUAGAGAAGAUGACCGCAAACAAAUGGAAGGUAGUGAUUAACAGAGUGAAGAGAUGGGAGAACUACUACCUUGACACACUUUCUUAA